AUGGAGGACGACAGAGGCACCCCUGGAAAAGUGAGGAAGAAAAGCACACCGGCCCAUCGCAAGUCUCUGUCCUGUGAAUACUGCAGCCGGUCUUUUGCGCGUCUGGAACACCUCCAGCGCCAUCUCCGCACCCAUACCAAGGAGAAACCAUUCUCAUGUGAUAUCUGCUCCAAAUCUUUCGCGAGGAGUGAUCUACUCGUACGACACGAGCGGCUAGUCCAUCCAACAGAGGCCGCAGCCAACCGGGAACAUCGUGCCCAGAAUAGCCAUGACUUCCCUCAGACACAACCUCCUAUAAUACAGCCCACCCACCAUGAGUCCCGUAUGCUAGAGCUUGCCGACGCCGUCCCUAUUCACACACAGCCCGUUCCGCCGCCUCCGCCCGAGGUGCAGGUGCAGCCUCCCCCGAUCGUGGAGACAACCCAUUUCAACCCUUCUUGGGGGUAUGACCUGAACCUUCUUUCCCACGCGGCGAGCCAUGUUGCCCUUGAGGGUGAACAAGAGAGUCUUGAGUCGAUCCGGAAGUCUUCGCAAAACGUGGGCCCCUCGCAACCACUUUCCCAUGUCCCAGAAAGAGCGAUAACCGAUAACUAUGGCGUCGAACCCUCCAUCCUGGAUCUCGCUGACUUAGGAGAUCCCGUCCAAGACUUCACUGUCUUCCUAGAGAGUGUCGGCCUCUCGUCCGACUGGGAUUCUGGCGUGUUUUCUACGGUUGAAGAUCCGAUCUUACCGACGACUCUCCCAAUGGAUUCUAAGCCACCCGUCCGUGAAAUGGGGAGGCUCGGUCCCGAACUUAUGAGUGAUCCACGAAACGCAGCUGAUGAGCCACCGUCGUUUUCCAACUUUGGAUCACGAUUACCAUCUCUACAACCGGAACCUCAUGAGGUAGACGAUCGCCUCGGGUUCGCUGAUGAAGGACCUCGCCCUGCCUGGGAUAUAUCCAACACAGACCGUCAGGUCUUUCUAUCGAAACUCGACGAGUUUGCUUACAUCCUCCCUAAAAAUUUCGUCCCACCCUCGAGACACGCCCUGUCUCGUUUCUUUGCCGGCUACAUAAACGGUUUAAACGAGCAUCUUCCCUUUAUUCAUGUUCCUACACUCUCUGUCGCAAAAUGCUCCCCCGAGCUCACUCUUGCGCUGGCAGCUGCAGGGUCUCACUAUCGAUUUGAAAAUAAUCGAGGAAUAGAGCUUUUCCAUGCAGCGAAGGCCAUCCUGCUUCAACGCCUCCACCGCAGAGACAGUAAGCAAGUGGCUUGUCCGACAUGGAACUUCCUGUCCCCGGCAUCGGGCUUUCACAACUCUCGCGGGUCGUCCGCGACCUCAAACCAUGCUAGUAGCCCGUUCCAGCAACAUCAUCCCACGCCGUACCCAGCAGACCCUUCUGGGUAUGCACCUGAAGAUUCGGAUGCUCACAUGGAAGUGAUCCGAACCUUUCUCCUGCUCACGGUCUUUGCAUCUUGGGAAAGGCAUCCUGAGUUACUACGAGAGAUGCUCUCGCUUCAAAGCACGUUAGCGAGGCUCGUAAGAGAACAUGGUCUCAUCGAGCCACCUCCUAGUCCCGACCCGAGCAACUGGGAAGACUGGAUACGAAGAGAAGGCAACCGGCGCACCAAAUUCAUUGUUUAUUGUUUCUUCAACCUCCAUUCCAUCAUGUACAACAUUCCUCCUUUGAUUCUCAACGCCGAACUGAAGUUGAAUAUGCCCUGUUCUCAUGAUGUCUGGAAGGCUACAAAUGCGGCUCAGUGGCGCCGUGUGGCUCGCGCGAGGCAUGGCCCAGACGUUUCUUUCCAGGAGGCUUUUUCCAGGCUUUUUCUUAGAUCCAGUAUCUCGACGUCUUCAGCGCCGAUAUCCCCUCUUGGGAACUAUAUCCUGAUACACGCUCUCAUCCAGCAAAUCUUUUUCGCGCGUCAGCUGUGUCUCUCUGCCCCAAGUAUGCAUGGGACCAGUUUACGCCAAGAAGACCUUUCCGCUUUGGACAAUUCUUUGAGUGCCUGGAAGGCGUUGUGGAAACGCACUCCGGAAUCUAGCAUUGACCCUCAAAAUCCGGCAGGGCCGAUCGCGUUUACGUCCACUGCCCUUCUUGGCCUCGCUUAUAUCAGGUUACAUGUUGACUUGGGACCUUGCCGUCGUCUCAUCACCCAAGAUCCGAUUCAAAUAGCAAGAGCUUUGGGUGAAUCGGCACCUGUAGCACGAAGCCCUCGUCUGAUCAUGGCCCUCUUGCAUUCCGCCCAUGCACUAUCGAUUCCGGUGCGCCUCGGUAUUGAUUUCGUGGCCAGGACCCAUUCGUUUUUCUGGAGUAUUCAGCAUUCACUGUGUAGCUUGGAGUGUGCUUUUCUACUAAGUCGGUGGCUGCUGUCCAUACCAGUAACUCAGGCCGAGCAGAGACUAUCGGAGCAUGAAAGAAAGCUACUUUUGUGGAUCAAGAGCAUGAUGGAUGAAACUGACAUGGCCGUCGAUCCGCCUGGUCCACCAGAUCUAGACUUCAUAACUAAUCCCUACAAAGCGAAGCAGCUGAGCGUUGCCAUUGUGCGCGUUUGGGCAAGAACCUUCAAGGGGAACACAAGCUGGGCGAUCGUAGAUCUGGUUGGUUCGAGCCUUGAUACCUAUGCCGAUCUCCUGGAGACGCAGUUGUAA